ACGCCCCGGGGAGGAACAAGUCUGCUUUUUUUUUUUUUCCCUUCUUCUUCUUCCUUUUCUCUUAUUGUCGUUUAUCCGGUCUAUUUUCAACGUUUGAAUGAGGGAUAUCCACCUUUUCCUUUGUCUCUACUUUUCAUGUUACGAGAGAACUCACUCGAUGGGAAAGGCUUUCUACUUGACGGAGAUUGGCUGCGGCGCAAGGAUUCCCGUUUUUUUUUUUUUGUUUUUUUUUCCAUAUAUGAUCUGGGCACUCCCCCCCUGUUUUUUGAAUGACUGGGCAAUGAUGGGAGGAGUUUGUUGAUUGCACGCUUUACAGUUAAGAAGACGCUUGAUAGUAUCGAUGGGAAGUAUUUCUGCAGUGACAGACUUUACAAUAAAUUCCUGU